AGGCGAGCGAGGGAGCGAGCGCGGGGCUGGGACGGAGGAAGCGGGCUGCAAGGGGAGGUCAGCUUCUAGGUCCGGGCCGGCCGUGGAGAACCGAGCCUAGCCGAGCCACGGGCCUUGGAGAGCCGCAGCUGCACCCGCCCGCAUCCUGCGCGCACGCCCGGCUGGCUGGAGAGGCGGAGGCCGGGCGGGCGCUGCGCCUUCCUUUGUUCUUCUCCGGGGAACGAGGCCCUAACGCCGGAUCAGCCGCCCACCCACCCACCACGACUGCGCGGCUUGGGAAGGUUUUGCUUUCCGCCCUUCUGGAGCGCCUCCGCCGCUUCCACCGAAGGGGGCAGCCUGCAAGCUAAGGCGCCCCUCGCAGCCCCGCAGCCUUCCAGGCUUGGGGCAAGGAGGACCGAUUCCUGCUAUGGCGACCCAGCCCGUCCCAGUCUCAAAGCAAACUAGAGGAAUUGUGGGUGGUAUCCCAACGGAGGUGGUGUGCACCGCCUUUGGAGCCACGAUCCUGGUGGUGGUGACCCAGUAUGGAAAGAUGGGGACCCUGGUCUCAGUGGAGCCUGAGGCAGCACCUGACGGGAUCAGCAAACCUUUGUGGACCACCAAAGUUCUCCUCGGCAAAGAUGAGCCUCUCGUCCACAUCUCCGCCAAGCAUCUGGUCACCUCGGUGUCUCAGGAAGCUGGCAACAAGACCGUUCUACUGGCCAUGGCCCUGAAGGACAAAAGCAUUGAAGGUAUCCGGAUGUUGAAGGAACUCAUCCACCAAUGCCAAGUGUGGUAAUGAUGGCCCGGAAGAAUUCUACGAAUCCCAGAGACGUCUGGCUGAGGUUCAUGUUGGUUUGGAUGCAAACUUGAUUGUGUACAUUGGGGUCUCCAGCGUUGGUAACCUUAAGACUUGUGGACUUCAACUCCUGAAUUCCCCAGCCAGCUGUGCUGGCUGGGGGAUUCUGGGAGUUGAAGUCCACAGGUCUUAAAAUCAAGUCUUGAAGUCCACAGGUUGGACUUCCUUGGUGUACAUGUUCACUUUUUGAACCUUGAACGUUUGUAGGUAAGCUGACACAACCAGUGUCAAUUUGUGUUACACAGACAUUCACAAAUACCUGUUUCAAAACCUGCUGUAACCAUUAAAAAGCAUGAUGUUGCAUCUACCUAGAAAUUAGCCUCAACAAAUUUUACUUCAGGUUUUCCUAGUAGUUAAUUGGAUUUUUCUGCGGAAACCCAUGGAAGUUUCAAGAGGUGAACAGGAGGCAGGUUUUUCCCAGCUGCAGUGUAUAAUACACACACACACACACUUCAUUUUUUCCCUUACAUUUCAGUUUUAUAGCACAUCGGAAGUAGUUCAGAUCACAAAUAGUAUCUUCCUAUUGAGGGUUUCCUCUCCAUCCUUUCUCAUUCCGAAAACAAGACGAAUAAAUUCAGAAUAACUUUGCUGCCAUCUUCGGAAACUGCAGUUAUUUUUUGUUCUUUUGCUUGAGUAAAACAAUAAAGGAAUUGCAAUG